AUGGAAAGACUGAAUAGCUUUAAGCACCUUAACCAUAAGUGGGCUAGUGAAGAGCAUUCUACCCAGCUUCUUCAAGCUCAAGCCCACAUAUGGAACCACAUUUUCAGCUUCAUAAACUCCAUGACCCUCAAAUCUGCAAUUGAACUAGGUAUACCAGAUAUCAUCAAAAAACAUGGCCGCCCCAUAACUCUUUCUGAGCUCACAUCUGCAUUACCAAUUCACCCAACAAAAAUCCCCAGUGUUUACCGCCUCAUGCGUAUAUUGGUCCACUCCGGCAUCUUUGCCAAAAAAAAGAUGACUAAACUGGAUGAGGAAGAAGGUUAUAUACUUACUGACGCUUCUCAGCUCCUCCUUAAGGAUCACCCCUUCAGUAUGACUCCAUUUGUAAUGGCUAUGCUCAACCCUAUCGUCACAAAACCAUGGCAUUAUAUGAACACUUGGUUCCAAAAUAAUGACCCUGCGGCAUUUAACACGGCACAUGGGAUGACAUUUUGGGACUACAGCACCCAGGAGCCAAGUCUUGCCAGCUUUUUCAAUGAUGCCAUGGCUAGUGAUACUCGUUUGGUGACCAGCGUGUUACUUCAGGAGUGCAAGGGGGUAUUCGAGGGAUUAAAAUCAUUAGUUGAUGUUGGGGGUGGUACAGGAACAAUGGCCAUGGCCAUUGUUGAUGCAUUCCCAGAAAUUGACUGCACCGUACUUGAUCUCCCACAUGUGGUGGCUGAUCUGCAAGGAAGUAAGAACCUGAAAUAUGCUGGAGGGGACAUGUUUGAAGCAGUUCCUCCGGCAGAUGCAAUUAUUUUGAAGUGGAUAUUGCAUGACUGGAGUGAUGAAGAAUCUGUGAAAAUACUUGAGCGAUGUAAAGAGGCAAUAACAAGUAAUAAGAAGAAAGGCAAGGUGAUUAUCAUAGAUAUGAAUGUGGAAAACCAGAAAGGAGAUGACGAAUCAAUUGAGACACAACUGUUCUUCGACAUGUUGAUGAUGAUGAUGGCCACCGGAAAAGAAAGGAAUGAAAAAGAAUGGGCUCAGCUCUUUUCUGAUGCAGGUUUCAGUGACUAUAAGAUAACUCCCAUUUUGGGUCUAAGAUCACUCAUUGAGGUUUAUCCUUGAUAACUGAGCUCCUACUUGUGUA